GCAAUUGCCACAUCUUUGGCAGCUGUUUCCGUAUGGCGCGAAAGCUUCAAACCUUCACCGGCGCUCAAGACAUAACUUAUUUGCCAGUAGACAACGUCUACAUUUGUCGUUUAAAACAAUGCCGUCGACACAGAAGAGGGCUUGUCUUAGUCCAGUAAACGAUAAUAAGGAGAAAAGAAUCAUGCGAAUUUCAAUAGAAGGCAAUAUUGCGGCAGGCAAAUCGACAUUUGUGCGCCUCUUGGAGGAGCAGAGCAAUGACUGGGAAGUUGUACCUGAACCAAUCGCUAGGUGGUGCAAUGUACAAACCCAGAUGAGUGAUUUUGAGGAGCUCACCACCUCUCAGAAGAGCGGCGGCAAUGUCCUGCAGAUGAUGUACGAGAAGCCCGAGAGGUGGGCAUACACCUUCCAGACCUACGCCUGUAUGAGCAGAGUACGCGCUCAAAUCAAAUCCACACAGGGCAAGCUCCGAGAGGCUGAGAACCCCGUCCAGUUCUUUGAGCGUUCCGUCUACAGUGACAGGUACAUCUUUGCCGCCAACUUGUAUGAGAGCGAGUGUCUUAACGACACAGAGUGGGCCAUCUACCAGGACUGGCAUGGCUGGCUCCACAGUCAGUUUGGAAAACACAUUGAGCUGGACGGCAUCGUCUACCUCAGAGCCGCACCGGAGAAAUGUUUAGAGCGGCUGCACCUCCGAGGCCGUGAGGAGGAGCAGGGCAUCCCUCUGGAGUACUUGGAGAAGCUCCACUUCAAACACGAGAGCUGGCUGCAGCACAAAACCAUGCGUAUGGAGUUUGAGUAUCUGAACAACGUGCCUGUUCUGACUCUGGACGUGAAUGAAGACUUUAAAGGGGACCAAAUCAAAUGUGCUAACAUGUUGGAAAAGGUCAAAGACUUCCUCAGCUCAUUGUAGACCGCAGCAGAUGAUUGGUGCCUGUGUGGAGAACAGAAGCCAAUCACAGGGAUGAUUAAACUGUGAUUGAGGAAAUGUUGUCAUUACAACUAUGUCUUUCAUUCACUCAAAGCAUUUUAAAUGUACUUAUCUUAUAGCUUAAGUGUACUUGCCUUCAAGGCCAUUUUUGUAAAGAUUUUUUCUUACGUGUGUUUUAUAUAUUAUGACCAAUGUUCAUGGGGAAAGGAAAUAAAAAGAAUACAUUUAUAGCGAUAUGAUGGUGGUUUCCCUAACUGUUUCAAUGCGACAUUUGUAAACUUGUUUUAUUUAUGAAGGCUCCUAUAUUAACUUUUGAUGAGCAAAUCUGCUGCUGCUGUUGGGGUCCAGUAUGAUAUGGAAUUUGUGUUGGGUUGUUACAACGUCAAUAUCUUUUCUUUGACAUUAUAUUCCUGACAUUGUCAAAAGUGUUUAUAUACAGUAUUAAUCUAUAAGAUUAUGCCAUUUACGCCAUAGUACCAUCUAGGGCCAAUGUCAGUAUUUGACCACUUCUCAAAAAGGUAAUGUGGUAUAUUGUUUUGUAACAUAGAACAUCUGAAGCACCUUAGAUUUGCUGAAUAAGCAAAAGACACACGAUUCACAGAGAUGUGCA